GUCAAAAAAUUUAACACACCAGCAGUGUGAAGAGACCUGAAAGUGGCACAUGGCAGCAGAGUGUGGCGAUGGAGACAGCAGCAAUGGGAGGCCGUACAGGGACCCAUGAGAGACUCUGGACUUGGCAGCAGCAUGAGGAGGCGGUAUAUAGGGGCCCAUGGCAGAUUAGGGGCCUGGCAGCAGCUAUGUGAGGCCCGUAAUCUGCCUGCACCCUAUGUCAAAAUUGGACCUUGGCAGCAGCAUGAGGAGGGCGGUAUAUGGGGCCCAUGGCAGAUUAGGGGCCUGGCAGCAGCACUAUGGGAG